CCUGCAGGUCAGGGGUGAAGUCAGUGCGCAUGUGUCGGCACGGUCUGUCAGCAGAAGAUCCCAAGCACAGAAAUAUAUACUUGACCCUUGAAGACGGCAGUCUCAGCCGAAAUCGGACUCAAGUUUCCUUGGGUCGACCGGAAACACCUUGAUCGAGGGACAAGGGCACAGCCGCCCUCUUCUUGUUUUCCCCGGAGGUCUGUUUUCUCUAUAACCACCGAGGAACCACCAUAAUAAUUUCUGGCCGCUGCACAAGUUCACGUCACUAGAAGUAAAAGCUGAUGAAGCAUCACGAUCUGAUCGGCCGGGAGGAAUAUAAUGUCUGGUGGGAGUCCGGCUGCAGAUAGAAGCCUGCCCGUCAGCACUAAUGGCAGACACAAAUAUCACACGGCUAGCGGGACAGAGGGAGACCGGGGAUCGAGCACGGCUCCACUUUGAGCGCUCGCUGCAGGUCUGCCCACCAUGGGUGCAGCGGAUGGGUCUGGAGGCCGAGCUCUCGGGCCACAGUGGCUGUGUCAACUGUCUGGAGUGGAACGAACAGGGCAAUUUACUAGCUAGUGGUUCAGAUGACCUGAAUGCCAUCAUCUGGCAGCCUCUGGUCCACAAGCAGCUCUGCCUCCUGCGCACAGGACACCAGGGAAACAUCUUCUCUGUAAAGUUCCUGCCGAGUUCGGGGGACAGGAUUGUUGCCACAGCGGCGGCGGACUGUAAGGUUCACGUCCACGACAUCAACACCAAGGAAGUGACGCAGAUGUUCACGUGCCACACGGGGAGGGUGAAGCGACUGGCCACCGCGCCCAACGUGCCUUACAUGUUCUGGAGCGCCUCCGAGGACGGGACUAUCAGGCAGUUUGACCUGCGGAUGUCGUCGCGGGACGCCAUGAUCCUGGUGGACCUGACCCAGUACUGCGGCACCAGCGUCGAGGUCAAGUGCAUCGCUAUCAACCCGCGCCGCCCGGAGAUCAUGGCCGCCGGCGCCAACGACCCCUACAUCCGCAUGUACGACACGCGAGCCGUCACCGCUCACCGCACCAAGCACGCCGAGCGGAGAAGGGGAGGGUUCCACGGCUCGUCCGAGGCAGAACUCAAUCUUCCAGCAGGCUGUGCACAGUACUAUGUAGCAGGACAUCUCCCCAUGAAGCAGAGUGACUACCAGAGGAGGUUCCGCACGCUGGUCUCCACGUACGUCACCUUCAGCCCCGAUGGGAAUGAACUCCUGGUGAACCUGGGCGGCGAGCAGGUCUACCUUUUCGACGUCGUGCGGCCCAGAAAGCCCCACAGGUUCCAGCUAGGAGACUACAUGCCUGCCACACUACAGCCACAUGAUAAUGGGGUGGUUAGUAAAGCCCACCACAGUGCAGCCCACGCAGCUGCCAGCACCAGUAACGGAGUCACCAACGGCAUCGCUGCCAAACUGCACCACACCAACGGCUUCAGUCUGCUGGAGGGCAAGCAACAACCCAGGGCAUCCCUCAAGCCGGCAGGAAACCUCCCUCCCCGAGCGGAGGCUCUGAAACUCCGAGCCAACGAGGUGUUCUGUCGGCAGCAGUUCUCCCUGGCCAUCGCGCUGUACAACCAGGCCAUCCAGCUGGCACCCAACUCUGGCAUCCUGUACGGCAACAGGGCAGCUGCCUACAUGAAGAGGGGAUGGGAUGGAGACAUCUAUUCAGCACUGCGAGACUGCCACACGGCCCUGUCCAUUGAUCCCAACCAUAUCAAGGCGCACUUCCGGCUGGCGAGGUGUCUGCACGAGCUGCAGUGGACAAAGGAGUCCCUGGACUGUCUGAACCAGUUCCGGGGGAGAUUCCCCGAGCACGCUCACAGCCAGGCCUGCGACAUGCUCGACAAGGACAUCAAGGCAUCGCUCUUCUCCAAGUCUGACCAUGAUGAAGAUAAAAGUACCAAGUCCGACACAUCGCCCAACCGGAGGAGACAAGGAGACGCCAUGUCCGAAGCAGAAAAGACGCUACGAGAAACCGCCUUAGAUUACGAGAUGAGAUUCUGUGGGCACUGUAACACAACCACAGACAUCAAGGAAGCCAACUUCUUCGGAAACAAUGGUCAGUACAUCGUUGCCGGGUCUGACGAUGGGUCAUUUUUCAUGUGGGAGAAGAAGACGACGAACAUCGUCCGUGUCCUGCGGGGCGAUGACUCCAUCGUCAACUGUCUGCAGCCCCACCCCAGCCACUGUCUCCUAGCAACCAGCGGCAUCGACCCAGUUGUCCGACUGUGGAGCCCCAGGCCAGAGGACGGGUCUAACGAGGAGCGUCUGGUAGAGGAGAUGGAGUCCGCAGCACUGGCCAAUCAGAAGAGGAUGAACGCCGACCCCCUGGAGGUCAUGCUGCUGAACAUGGGGUAUCGAAUUACGGGCAUCUCAGAGGGGUCCGAUGACGAGACUGGGGACGGGCCUGCCCAGUGUCGGCCUAGCUGAUCCUGGCGACAUGCACGGACACACACACAUACACACUCACACACAUACACACGAACAAACACUCAUACACACACACACACACACACACACAAACAC